AUGUCUCUCGGAGCUGGUGACCACCGGGCGGAACGGGUUCCGCAAGCCCCGCAACAGAUCCAGAACCUUUCAAGCCUUCCCCCCAUCGAACGGCUAAGCGGCCGCGAAAAUUGGCCCACGUGGAAGUUUGCGGUGGAAACGUAUCUGGAGCUGGAGGAGCUGUGGAAAGCAGUCAAGCCGAUUCCCGACGCAGAUGGGACGCUACCGGCGGUCGACGAGAGAAAAUGCAGAAGAGCACGAGCGAAGAUUAUUCUCCUGUUGGAUCCCAUCAACUACGUGCACGUGAAGGACGCGAAAACGGCCCGUGAGGUUUGGGCGAAGCUUGAGGCAGCGUUCGAAGACACCGGCCUGUCGCGCCGGGUGGCGUUACUCAGGAAGCUCAUCACGACGAAGCUUUCGGCGUGCGGCAACGUGGACACGUACGUAACGGAAAUUAUUUCCACCGCUCAUAACCUUCGAGGCGUUGGUUUCGAAAUUUCCGAGGAGUGGAUUGGUUCCCUUCUACUGGCUGGCCUUCCGGAAGAGUACAAGCCAAUGAUAGUGGCGCUGGAAAAUUCCGGCACCCCCAUCAUCGGUGACAGCAUCAAGACAAAGCUGCUCCAGGAAGUGCAAUUCUCAUCGGACAAGACGGCGUUCGUUGGAAGGAAACCAUUUCCAGCGAAACCGAAGCAAGGCGUACCCGAAACCCGGUCAGUUGCGCAGUCGAAAGGUCCGAAGUGCAAACGUUGCUACAAGUACGGGCACAUUACGAGGGAAUGCCAGGUAAGAAGCGAGACGAAGAAAGGAUCGGCAUUUUGCACGGUGCUGAACACUACUGGUUGCCAUAGCAACGACGGUUGGGUUUUUGAUUCGGGCGCAUCGGACCACUUCACCAUGAAUCGUAGUAUGCUGGUCGACCCAAGGCCGGCGAGCGGCGUUGUCAUGGUAGCGGAUAAAGGUGUGAUGGAGAUUGCUGCGACCGGCACAGUCAAGCUUUUUCCAAAAUGUUGCCCGGAAAAUCCACCGAUAGACGUGCACAACGUCAAGUUCAUCCCAACGAUGUCGAACAAUUCGCUGUCGGUGAGCCAAAUCGGGCGACGAGGUCACGUGGUGUAA